GUAAACCGAAGGCACCAAUAACCGCCUUGGAGUUGCAGUGAGGUGGGGGCUCCGGUGUAAACACGAAGGUUCCGCCUCUGUAAACAAAGCAAGAGGAACCAGGCGGAGCCUCCGUCAUAUUUGUGGUUCAGUAGCAGGUUACAGUUAACUCUAGUCUCCCCGAACAUGUCUUGAUUAAGAAAAAAUAACAUUUAGCUGGAUUCAACCGGCAGGAAUAACUUAAAAGGCGGGAACUGAGCAGCCGUGUGUAGGAGUUUAGCCGGUCGCCAUGGAAACCACCUCCUCCCUGAAGAUGACCUCUCUGGUGGUCCAGAGUCUGUUCAGCUACGUGGAGGAGGACAACCUGGACGCCAUCAGGACUCACCUGGACAAGUUCAGAGACGUGGAUUGCAGGAGCGACAACGGACAGACGCCGCUGAUGGUGGCAGCAGAGCUGGGCAGCCUGGAGAUCGUCCAGGAGCUGAUCAGGAGGGGCGCCACCGUCGACAUGGACGACGUGGACUGCUGGACGGCGCUGAUCUCCGCCGCUAAGGAGGGACACCUGGAGGUGGUGAGGGAGCUGCUGGAGAGCGGCGCCAACCUGGAGCACCGAGACAUGGGAGGCUGGACGGCGCUCAUGUGGGCCGCCUAUAAGGGCCGGACGGAGGUGGCCCGGCUGCUGCUGGAGAGGGAAGCCAAUCCGAACAUCACUGGACAGUACAGCGUCUACCCGAUCAUCUGGGCGGCGGGCCGCGGCCACGCAGAGAUCGUCCAUCUCCUGCUGCAGUAUGGAGCCAAGGUCAACUGCUCAGACAAGUACGGCACCACCCCGUUGAUCUGGGCCUCCAGGAAGGGCCACUACGACAGCGUGAUGCACCUGCUGGCCAACGGAGCGGAUGUGGAUCAGGAAGGAGCAAACUCCAGGACGGCUCUGAUCGUGGCGGUGAAAGGCGGCCACACGGACGUCGUCAAAGAGCUGCUGAAGAGGAAUCCCAACGUCAACUUGACCGAUAAGGACGGCAACACGGCGCUCUCCAUCGCCGCCAAGGAGGGCCACACGGAGAUCGUUCAGGACCUGCUGGACGCCGGCACUUACGUCAACAACCUCGACCGGAGUGGAGAGACGGUGCUGAUCGGAGCGGUAAAAGGAGGACAUGUGGAGAUCGUCCGAGCUCUGCUCAACAAAUACGCUGAUGUCGACGUCAGGGGCCAGGAUGGAAGGACUGCCCUCUACUGGGCUGUGGAGAACGCUGUGAUGGUGAGGGACAUCCUGCAGUGCAAUCCUGACACGGAGAGCUGCACCAAGGACGGAGAGACGGCGCUUAUUAAAGCCACUAAAAUGAGGAGCAUAGAUGUCGUGGAGCUGCUGCUGGAUAAAGGAGCCAAAGUGUCUGCAGUGGACCGGAAAGGGGACACCGCCCUGCACAUCGCGAUCCGCGGGCGCAGCAGAAAGCUGGCUGAGCUGCUGCUCAGGAACCCAAAAGAUGGCCGCCUCCUGUACCGGCCCAACAAAGCUGGAGAGACGCCGUACAACAUCGACUGCACCCACCAGAAAAGCAUCCUGACGCAGAUAUUUGGAGCCAAGCACCUUUCCCCGACGGAGACAGACGGCGACAUGCUGGGUUACGACCUGUACAGCAGCGCGCUGGCGGACAUCCUCAGUGAGCCCACCAUGCAGCCGCCCAUCUGUGUUGGUCUGUAUGCUCAGUGGGGCAGCGGCAAGUCCUUCCUCCUCAAAAAACUGGAGGAUGAGAUGAAGACCUUUGCAGGGCAGCAGAUCGAACCGCUGUUCCAGUUCUCCUGGCUGGUGGUUUUCCUCACGCUGCUCCUCUGCGGCUCAGUCGCCAUCAUUCUGGGUUUCACCGUCGACCCCAAGCUGGCCAUCGCCGUCUCCCUCAGCCUCCUCGCUCUGCUCUACACCUUCUUUGUGCUGGUGUACUUUGGGAGCCGGCGUGAGAAGGAGAGCUGGCACUGGGCCUGGGUCAUCAGCGCCCGUCUGGCCCGUCAGAUCGGCUACAUGGAGCUGCUGCUCAAGCUGAUGUUCGUGAACCCGGUGGAUCUUCCAGAGCAAACCGCCAGAGCCCUGCCUGUCAGGUUCUUGUUCACGGACUAUAACCGCCUGUCCAGCGUGGGAGGGGAGACGUCUUUGGCUGAAAUGAUCGCCACGCUGUCGGACGCCUGCGAGGCGGAGUUCGGCUUCUUGGCCACCAGGUUGUUCCGGGUUUUCAUGAACGAUGAGAUCAAAGGUCAGAAAUGGAAGAAAACCUGCUGCCUUCCGUCCUUCGUGUUUGUUUCGCUGACGUGCGGAUGCCUGAUCACCGGUGUGGUGCUUUUAUCCAUAUUUAAGGUGGACUCUGCAAACCUGACGGUAAACACAGUGCUGAUAGCGAUGGCCAGCGUGGUCGGACUGGCCUUGCUGCUCAACUUCCGGACCUGGUGGCAGGUGGCCGACUCCGUCCUCAACUCCCAGAGGAAGCGGCUGCAUGGCGCCGCCAACAACCUACAUAAGCUGAAGAGCGAAGGGUUUAUGAAGGUCCUGAAACAUGAAGUGGAGAUGAUGUCCAAAAUGGCCAAAACCAUCGACGGCUUCACCCAGAACCAAACGCGCAUGACGGUCAUCAUCGACGGGCUGGACGCUUGUGAACAGGACAGAGUUCUGCAGAUGCUGGACACGGUGAGAGUUCUCUUCUCGAAGGGUCCGUUCAUCUCCAUCUUCGCCAGCGACCCUCACAUCAUCAUCAAAGCCAUCAACCAGAACCUGAACAGCGUCCUGAGGGACUCCAACAUCAACGGCCACGACUACAUGAGGAACAUCGUCCACCUGCCGGUCUUCCUCAACAGCAGAGGCCUCAGCCGCGCCAAGAAGCUCUGCAUGGCCACGCCCACCAACGGGGAGGCCGACGGGUGGCAUGACGACAUGGACAAAAGGAUGUCUGUGGUCAGCCUGGCCCAGGAUCAAGUCAAGGUUGGCAGCAAGACUGCUCUAAACCGAAGGGACACGUACCGGCGGCGGCAGAUGCAGAGGACCAUCACCAAGCAGAUGUCGUUCGACCUGACCAAGCUGCUGAUGACGGAGGACUGGUUCUGUGACAUCAGCCCCCAGACCAUGAGGCGGCUGCUCAACAUCGUCUCCAUCACAGGUCGCCUGCUGCGCGCCCAUCAGAUCCUCUUUAACUGGGACCGCCUGGCGUCGUGGAUCCACCUGACGGAGGAGUGGCCGUACAGAACGUCGUGGAUCAUCCUGUUCCUGGAGGAGGCCGACGGCGUGUCGGAUCAGGUCACACUCAAGACCGUCUAUGAGAGGAUCUCCAAAAACAUCCCCACCACCAAGGACGUGGAGCCGCUGCUGGAGAUCGAUGGAGACAUCCGCAGCUUUGAGAUCUUCCUGUCCUCCAGGACGCCCGUCCUCAUCGCCAGAGACGUGGAGAUGUUCCUGCCCUGCACCGUCAACCUGGACCCCAAACUCAGGGAGAUCAUUGCAGAUGUGCGUGCGGCCAGAGAGCAGAUGCAUUUAGGAGGGGUGACCUAUCCCACGCUGCCCCUGCAGGAGGCAGCGCCGCGACCGGCGCCGGGCUUCGGCCCGCUCUCCGCCGCCGGCUCCCCGACCGGCUCCUUCGGCGGCGCGCUGCCGCCUCAGCCGCACAGCGCCUACUUCAGUGGCAUGACGGGCCCUCAGCACCCCUUCUACAACCGGCCGUAUUUCCCCCAUCAUGUCUACCACCUGCCGCGACCUUACGCUCACCUUGCCCCCUCAUCCACACGCCCCUCCGCUAAACCGUCCGGUCUGCCGCAGGACGCCGCCGGACUCGAUGUUAUUGCAGAGGAUGCCAGGGAGGGCCUCCCCUCCAGCCCAUGUGACCCAGCCAUGCUGUGUCCGGUGGUGCCGCUCAGCUCGCUGGGGACGGACGGCGUGUGCGAACGCCUCAGACAGAUCGACGGGAUGGACCCCAGCAUGCUGCCGCAGUACGCUGCGACCGUCACUAAGGCUAACAUCAACGGCCGGGUUCUGACUCACUGCAACCUGGAUGAGCUGAAGAAAGAGAUGGACAUGAACUUUGGAGACUGGCAACUUUUCAGAGGAAUGGUGAUGGAGCAGCGGCAUGCGGAGACGCAGGCGGCGCUGCAGGAAGAGUCUCGUGCCGCCAGCGAGCAAGGCAGCAGCGUUCUCCACGGGGAGUCGGGCCUGCGCCCAGCGGGGACGCAGCGCGACGGCGCCACCGCCUUCGGCCUGGCCCUGAGCUUCGAGGAGCUGAGCGGCGCCGGGCUGGAGGAGCCGCCGCGGCGCAGCAGCAACCCGCAGUGGACGGCGACAAAGCCCCACACCUCCAGCAUGUCCAGCCUCAACUCCCAGGAAUCCUCCAAUGACAUCUGCAAGCUGACGGACAAGCAGCAGGCGGAGUACCGGGACGCCUACAGGGAGUACGUGGCCCAGAUGGCCCAGCUGGAGAUGACCGGCAGCGGGGCGGAGCGGCCCGUCCAGCCCCAUCCGAACCACUUCCUCCAGGCCUCCUGCUCAGAGGACAAAGCGGCCAAGGAGGGAACAGACCCGGACAGCCGCAAGCCCUUCAAGAGGGCCUCCAAGAGCAGCGACAUCACAGACUUCGCCUCGGGCGCCGACACGCCGCUCCUGGACCCCAUCAGCGAAGAGGAUGAGAACCACAGCCUGUCCUCCAGGAACCCUGCUUCAAAGAAAGCAGCGGGGUCGUACUACCACAAGCUCCCCAGUGAAGACGACUCCGGCCCCGAGGAAGCCGACAACACCACGCCGCUCCUCCACAAGGCGGGCCGCGCCAGUCCGCCGUCGCCUGGCCUCCGCUCAGACAUCCUGGAGAAGAAGGACUCGGAUUCAGGGAUGCGGUCCAGCAACAGCUCCCCGGGUUCGCCCCUGGAGGAGGCCGGCGGAGCGCUGAACCCCGGCCUGAUCGAGCUGGAGCUGGAGGGCCUGGUGAGGAAGAGGAGCCUCUUGCCCAGCCGGUUGCAGGAUCCGGCGGUGGCCCGCAUGUCCAUCUGCUCCGACGCGCCGUCCGAAGCCAGCCUGAUGGCAAGCAGCCCAGACGAAGGCUGGCCCGCUGACUCGGUCAGCAACCUGAACCGCACCGCCAGCAACACCACCCUCAACAACAACUCAACAACAGACGACACCAACUCCAACUCCAACAACAGUCGUCAGCGGCAGGAGAACUUCCUGGAUUCCAGCAUCAUCAUCCACCCAGGAAGCACCGCCGCCACAGCCGUCCAUCAGAACCAGAACCUGUGCUCCAUCAACCUGGGAGACGAGCGGGAGAGCGUUCUCUGAGGCCCUCAUCUCUAAUUUGGGUCAUGUUCAUCAUUGAUGUUGUGAUGUUUUAGUGCAGGUAUCCGUGGAAUGAGUAGCUGAUCCAAAUAAAACCCUGUUAGCAGAACUCCUGACCUCAUAUCAGUGAUCGUUUCCUGUUGUGUUUGUGAUUUCUCUCUGUAUUUCCUUGAAGGAAUAAAAAGUGUUCUCAAAUUGAAACCAGAAGCUAGAUGUUACUGAUAGUUCAGCAGUGUUGAUGCAUGGUGGUGCUGUUUGGUAGUUUCUAGGUAGCAAGGGAAUGGGUUUCCUGUUGCAUGAUGUUGUGUUUUGUGAAUUAAUAAAUAUUUCACUACAUGACCCAUAAUAA